AUGGAAACCGCCAUUCGCUGGUCUCCCUCCUCCACGGCCAGGGAGCAGCGUUUCCUGUACGUCGACGUGACGGGCAGGUCCUUCAGGCUGUGCCGCGUCACCUCCUUCGACGGCCGGAACCUGGACUACGAGGUGCUGUCGACCCAUCAUAAAGUGCCUGGCUUUCGCGCCUUCGAUUGGUCUACCGCCGACGAGUCCCUGAUCGCCGUGGGCCAGUCCUCCGGCGAGGUCACCCUGCUGCGCAUGGACGGCGACUCGAGCGAGUCUUGGUCCUUUCCCAUUCGCAACCAGCGCUACUGCAAUGCCGUCGCCUUCAGCUCGCACGGCCUGCUCGCCGGCGGCCUGGACAAGGUCCGCAACGACUUCUGUCUCAACAUCUGGGACGUCCACCACCGUCUGGCCGUGAGACACACUCGGGGGAGCCUGGCCGCCGAUCGACAUGCGUCGGAGCCGCUCAGGAAGCUCGCCAGCUCGGAGCCGAUUACUAGCAUCAAGUUCUUCAGAGACCAGCCGGAUACGCUGGUCGCGGGCGUCAAGGGGCAGUUCCUCAAGCUGUACGACCUGAGGGAGGGCUCCGGUCAAGCGUUUCUUCAGUUCCCGACCAAAUGUGUCCAUAACACGGCCAUAGACUGGCUGGAUGAGAAUUAUAUCGCCUCCUGCGCGUCAAAUGAGCCCACGGUCUGCAUCUGGGAUCGUCGGAUGGGGCUGCGCUUGACCGCGUCAGCUGCGAAUUCCGGGACCCCAGAGGCAGGUCAGUCUGGGCCGGCUUUGGAGCUCCGAAACGUCCUGGACUCAAAGGCUUCGAUCUGGAGCCUGCGCUUCUCGAGGACCAAAAGAGGGUUUCUGGGAGUCCUGUCCAAUACCGGCCAUUUCAAGGCGUAUCACAUCGCCAAGGAAUGCGUAUCGGCGGAAAACAACCAUUCUCUGGAUACCACGCUCGGCCAGGGAUCUUCCGCCAAUUACCCGGAGCAGAUCUACACGAAAAAUGUCCGUGACAUCCACAGUCCUUUCAAUCACCCGACCAGGGGCUGCCCGCAGUCGGAGAGGGUGGUCUCUUUUGAUUUUCUCAACAUGAGUCCUUCCAACGAACCCAGCGCCAUCACUCUGCUGGGAAAUAGGAAGGUGGAGAUAAUCACGGUUCAGCCUCCGUGUCCGAACGUCCGGAUGUCAUCGCAGAGUGUGCUGGUGCGCGGACGGCCUCAUGGAGACCGUGAUUUUCAGAUAAUGAAUCCUCGCUCCGGUGGCGCUAGCAUAUCCGAAGUCGUUCAGGAUAUACGCAGCCGUGUGUCCUCUCAGUCUCCUCCGCGGGCGCAGUCGGAGGAGCAGAAUGGCACGAAGACCAACUGCCUGUCGAGCCGUGAAAGUAGGGAACAUGCCCUUUUGCUGGGCACUCGAGGCACGGUUCUCAAGGCUCAAGAUGCGUUGACGUUGAUGACUCUGAACCGGUUUCGCUGCAAAGAGGGCUACCUUUUUGACUGCGAAAAAAAUAAGCAGAUUGUCGCUGAUGAUCCUGCUUUACAGGAAUUUUGGGACUGGGUCAAACGCGCACGGGAUGCCGCUUCGAACUCUUCGAUGAUUGUCAAUGAUGUUGAUAUGAAUUACCUCGGUGUGUACAACAUCUGGAAUAAUGAUUUAGGGCCAAACUUUCGAAGCCGAAAGGGCACGGCCGACAAGGAUGCUAUUGACGUUGAUCAAACUAUCAAAGACUUGGUUCAGCAACUUGACAUCCCCGAGAGUCGAGGAUGUGAAACCGACUUCAUAGAGCAUCGCCUACUCUGUCUUCGGAUAUGCGGUGCAAUCGAGUCUAAAGACGAACUGGAGGAGCUCGUCAAGAAGCUUGUCGCGGAAAGACAGCACACCAAAGCAGCUGCCCUUGCUGUGUUCCAGGACGAGGCCAAACUGGCUUUCCUGGCUCUGCGCAACAAUGAGCCUACACAGGCUCACAAACUCCUGGCGAUGGCCAUUGCCGGGGCCACGAAAGGCGAAACCACGGAUUCCGACUGGGAGGAAACGUGUGCCGAGAUCGCCAAAGAGCUGACGGACCCAUACGCCAGAGCGAUCCUUGCGCUGGUAAGCAAGGGCGACUGGGAGUCGGUGCUGGAGGAGACGACACUACCGCUGAGGUAUCGUGUCGAGGUUGCCUUGCGAUGGCUGCCCGAUGAGGCGCUCACUGCCUAUCUGAGGGAGACAACCGCAGAGGCGAUUCGUGAAGGGGAUAUUGAAGGGAUUGUUCUGACGGGGCUGCGGCACUCGGCGCUGGACCUGUUCCAGUCAUAUAUCAACAAAUUCAACGACGUUCAGACACCGGUUUUGGCGAUGAGCCAUACCGUUCCGCGGUUCAUUGACGACGAGGCCAGCAAAGCCCGGUUCCGCGCAUGGCGCGAGACGUACCGCCGACAGAUCAACUCGUGGAAGCUGCAGCUGGAGCGGGCGCGAUUCGACGUCGGAUGCCGCAAAUUCGCCGUCACCUGGGACGGACGGCGACUGAUAUCGCCGCCUCCGCAGCAGGUCAGUCUGACUUGCAACUACUGCACGCGGCCGUUGAACCAGCAAGACGCGUCGACGUCGAGCGGAGAAGUGGUCCAUAGCACGCCGGGAUAUCCACUGGGUUCGGCAACGAUGUCAGGGACAGUGUGUCCGAAAUGCCAGCGGCACAUGCCUCGGUGUGGAGUGUGCUCGUUGUGGCUCGGGUCACCGGACCCGAUGUCGCGGGCGGCCGUGGCAGCAGACUCGAAAGAGAACCGUAAGCCGACCGAGGAUGAUCUGACGCGGCGGUUUGUGGUUUUUUGUAUCAAUUGCAACCACGGGUUCCACGCCAAUCACGCGCGAGACUGGUUUGCGCGGCAUCAGAUAGAGAUCGUGUUAACUAUGCUAUGCGGAUGA